AUGUGGAAUUCUGGAAACUCUGCAGUGGAUAUUGAUGAAUGCAGCAGCAUCCCAGGAGUUUGUGAAGGUGGUGUGUGCUCGAACACUGUGGGAAGUUACUUCUGCAUCUGCCCACGAGGUUAUGUCGCAUCUGUGGAUGGAUCCUGCACUGUGGAUCCGAGAGCAAGUACAUGUUUCUCCAACAUCGUGAGUGGCCGCUGUGCACAGGAGCUGCCUGGAAGGUUCACCAGAAGGCAGUGCUGCUGUGAGUCUGGCAGAUGCUGGGCCUUCGGGUCUGUUCCAGAGAUGUGUCCUGUCAGGGGAUCUGAUGAACACCGCAGACUUUGUGUGGAUGGUGCUCCUGCUAGAGGUGGUUCCAGAGUUGGUGGGACAGGAGGAAACGGGUUCAAUCCUGGUGGCAAUGGCAAUGGCAAUGGCCCAGGAGGAGCAGGAUUCAUUCCCAUCCCUGGAAGCAAUGGUUUCUCCCCAGGUGUAGGCAGAACAGGGGUAGGGACAGGUGGCCAGACUCCCACUGGAAGUGGCCCAAUAAUUACGGGGCUAACAAUACUCAAUCAGACCAUAGACAUCUGCAAGCACCACACCAACCUUUGUUUAAAUGGACGUUGUAUACCAACCCUUUCUAGUUACCGAUGUGAAUGCAACAUGGGAUACAAGCAGGAUGCAAAUGGGGAUUGCAUUGAUGUUGAUGAAUGCACAUCCAACCCCUGCUCUAAUGGAGACUGUGUCAACACACCUGGCUCCUACUACUGCAAGUGUCAUGCAGGUUUCCAGAGAACUCCUGCCAAGCAAGCUUGCAUUGAUAUUGAUGAAUGUGUUCAGAAUGGUGUUCUGUGUAAGAACGGACGGUGUGUAAACACUGAUGGAAGCUUCCAGUGUAUUUGCAAUGCUGGGUUUGAACUGACCACAAAUGGAAAACACUGUGUGGACCAUGAUGAGUGUGCCACUACAAACAUGUGUUUAAAUGGGAUGUGCAUAAAUGAAGAUGGGAGUUUUAAAUGCAUCUGUAAGCCAGGAUUUGUUCUGGCCCCAAAUGGACGUUACUGUGCUGAUAUUGAUGAAUGUCAGACAUCAGGAAUUUGCAUGAAUGGUCAUUGCAUAAACACUGAAGGAUCAUUUCGGUGUGAUUGUCCACCUGGCUUGGUUGUGGGAGUUGAUGGUCGUGUGUGUGUAGGUGAUAGUUUAACUAGAGGGGAAGUGUUAGUGGACCUAAUGCUUAUCAAUACUGAUGAACUAAUUAGUGAUAUCAAGACUGAUGGCAGCCUGGACUGCAGUGGUCAUGCCCUGGUGGAACUCAUGAUCUUGAGGGAUAUGGGCCAGGUGAAGAAUAUCAAUGAGUGUGCUUUGGAUCCUGAUAUUUGCUCUAAUGGGAUUUGUGAGAACUUGCGUGGCAGCUAUCGCUGUAACUGCAACAGUGGCUAUGAACCUGACCCUUCUGGAAGGAACUGUGUGGACAUUGAUGAGUGUUCCAUGAACGGGUUGCUGUGUGACAACGGGCUCUGCCGCAACACCCCUGGGAGUUACAGCUGCACUUGUCCAAAGGGUUUCAUGUUCAGCAUGGAGACAGACACAUGUGAAGAUAGCCUGAAGGGGACUUGUUGGCUUAACAUCCAAGACAAUCGAUGUGAAGUCAAUAUCAAUGGUGCUACACUGAAAUCUGAAUGCUGUGCUACCUUAGGAGCAGCCUGGGGCAGCCCAUGUGAACGAUGUGAAUUAGUAAUACAUAUUUCUGGCUUGAUUCCAGACACAGCUUGCUCAAGAGGAUUUGCCAGAGUGAAGGGUGUUACCUGUGAAGAUGUAAAUGAGUGUGAUGUUUUCCCCCGGGUUUGCUCUAAUGGGCGAUGCAUCAACAGCAGAGGUUCAUUUCACUGUGAGUGCCCUGAGGGGCUGACACUGGAUGGAACAGGGCGAGUGUGCUUAGAUAUUCGCAUGGAGCAAUGCUACCUGAAGUGGGACGAAGAUGAGUGCAUUCAGGCUGUGCCUGGCAAGUUCCGCAUGGAUGCUUGCUGCUGUGCCGUGGGGGCUGCCUGGGGCUCCGACUGCGAGGAGUGCCCCAAGCCUGGCACCAAGGAAUAUGGGGCUCUGUGCCCCAGAGGUCCUGGCUUUUCCAACAGGGGAGAUAUUCUAACUGGCAGGCCAUUUUAUAAAG